CUUUAUAGACUGUUUAUGUUGGAUAAUGUGUUUAUGUACUCAAAUAGCCUAGCGAGGAAGUCAACUUGGCUGACUGCCUACUGUCUCUUAGGACUAUAUAAAUAAGAAUUUAAUAUUCGAAAUAGAAUAGGAAGGGGGCUGGGGAAUGUAACAGAGCUAGCCAAGGCUACAGCAACAGCAGACAUGUUAUCUUCUUCUCCUUUUUCUAGCUCUCCUCCGGCACACAGAAACUCUACCCCUUCCAUUAGCAGAAGUAGCUUUAUGAGUCGUUGGUGCCCUACCCGAGGCUCUCCUUUAGCGUUAUCCUCUCAAGUCUCCCCAGGAUCUUCUUCCACUAGGAGGGCUCGCUCUGGCAAGCGUCCCAGGUCGAGACCACCCGGUUUUGAGGAGGAAGAAAUCGAUGACGACGGUGAAAGUUUGCCUACAGUGACUGAUACUAUCACAACAGUUACUACGACUUCUACUAGAGACAGUAGAACUAUCAAUGGUGAUGAGGGCUCUCACGUCAUCUCUUCUUCCUUUGUAAUGAUCCAAGAAGAGAAUCAAUACAAUGAAGCUUUGAUUGAUGAAGCAACAUGCGCCCUACCUGAUCCUCCUAGAAGGGUCAGUCGGAGAAUGGAAGAAGUGGCUUGCUACAAUUCUCCACUUCACAAGCCGAGGAAUGCAAAGCAUGUCCUCCAUCUUUUACAAAGUGGCUAUAAUCCAAACCAGAGGGACGGAUCCCAUGAUCGGUUGGCUCCGAUACAUUCGAUCGUUCGCUCCAGUUUGAAGGAUCGCUCAAAGUGUCUCGAGACUUUACUGGUCCAUGGGGAAGUUGAUGUCAAUUGCCCUGACGCUCAUAACAUGACUGCUCUUCACUUUGCUGCUAUGGAAGGGGAUUUACGCUGUAUAAAGCUAUUACUAGCAUUUGGGGCUGAUAUUAAUGCCAUUAGUAACUUUGAGAUGACGCCAAUGAACCUGGCUUUAGCUCAUUUCAAGGAAUCAGCCAUCCAGCUCUUUGGAGUGCUAGGAGGAAUUAGUGCCGCCUUUGUCCUGAAGCGUGACCCUGUCCCCCUCCCUCCCAUCACUCAUUUCCUUGGCCUUGGGCUACCUCUCUCUUCCUCCGACAGCGACGACACUGAUAAUGACAGACAGACUCCAUAUAGGGACUUUAUGACCGGCUACGUGAGACAAUCUGAACCAGCAUUACAAUUAAAUGCAAGAGUCCAGUCAUCAUUCAGUAUCAAUGAAGAAGAAGCAGUCUCACUCAUACUACAGCAACAAGAAGCUAACCUCCUCCACCAGGAACACUCACACAUCAUGUACUCCCUCUCAUACAGACUCCACAACGGGAGCAGGAUACUAUCCAUGGAUGGGUUUGGAUCAAGAAGUGUCAUAGUAUUAGAGACACUCGAGAGAUUAAUGGAAACAACUGGUCAAAGUGUCACUGACAUGUUUGAUAUCAUUUGUGGCUCUUCUUUUGGUGCUUUAAUAGCACUGGGACUCGUGUAUGGUAAGAGGACCAUUGCCCAGUUAAGGAGGUCUUUGUAUAAGCUAAAGGACAUUGAGCCUCAUUGCUCUUCCAAUGAUGAAUCCUAUCAGCAGAUAUUGAGAGAAAUAGUUGGAAAUGAGCAUCAACUAAUGUGUGAUGUGAAAGAGCCAAAGGUGAUGGUAUUUGCUGUUAACAAAGCCACUACUGAUCUGAAGUUGCAUGCAUUCAAUAACUGCUUUGAUGAUGAAUUUUCUCAAGAGUCAGUACUAACAGUGGCCCAUUAUGUCUCAAUAUCUCCAAUAUCAGUCACUAACAACACAGACUAUGUAUCAGCAUCACUCAUUGCCAACAAUCCAACGGAUUAUGCUCUCACACGUCUACAGCAGUUCUACUACCAAAGACAUGAGCAGUGUCUUGUGUCGGUUGUUGUUUCAUUAGGGACUGGUAUCUAUGUUCACAGCAAGAUGGGGUCCUUCCCUCGUAUCUCCUCACUCAAGUUUCGCUCAAGAAGAGCUUAUCACAGAUUACAGAACUUUGUGCUUUUGUUGAGAAACUCUUUAAUUCAGUCUGACACAGUCAGUGCUAAUUGUGCCUCUCGCUGUAAGUCUUUGGGUAUACCCUACUAUCGAUUCAGCCCUCAUCUCAAGGAGAAGGUGUCAGUUUUCGAAACUGAGACUCGUAAACUCUUAAACUCGGUAUUACGUGCCAGGAUCGAGCUACAGAACAUGCGGUGUGGCUUUGAAGAACUUAAAGAAUAUUUUGUAAAAAUCACAAAGACCUACACUGCUUCUGGAAGUGGCCUGGGGGGAGCUUCCUGUAUGUUCACAACCAGCGACGCCCUCUCACCUUCUGAUCUGAUACCUCACACUAAAUCAACUGAAACCAACUCAUCAGAUGAUGAUCUGCAACGAAAGCACUUUCUAUGGCGAUGCAAAUGUUCCAAUCAGAUAUGAAUUCACCAGAUAUAAUUAUUGCAUCCAUCACUCACCUACUACUCUUCCCCAGCUCAUGCAGUAUCCUGUUUCAUUUCAGUCACCACUCACAGUGUCACAUAUAUAGUUCAUGCAUACAGUACUCUCCUAUGCAUUUAUGGAAAAAUGAACAAUAAAAGUCGAAAAUAUAAAAACCAAAAAGGAAUCAAAUUCAGGCUUGCAAGUUUAGAACUCACCUCCAAUAAAUUAGUACACAUGCACCUAAUAUACACACAACACACACUGUAGAUACAAUUCAUUGUUUUGUGCACCUUUCAUUCAGUAUCACACUGAUGCAUACAUUACUUAAGAGAAAUGAUUAUGUCGCCCAUAUUAUUAUUAUUAUUAUUAUUAUUGUUGUUGUUGUUGUUAUUCAAUUAUUAUCCUCAUGCUCUUAAUCCUCUAACAAGAUUCUCAUUACUGUAAUUAUUAUUAUGAUUGUUAUAUAUUAUCCACCUUAAGUAUCAUAGCUCAGUAUGUUAUUGUGUGAAUUUGACAUCUUUGUUAUCCCCUCAUUUUAAUCUUAUUAUUACCAUUAUUAUUUUUUAUCUAAUCUAAUAUUAUUAUUAUUAUUCAUUAUUGUUAUUAUUAUUAUCAUCCAUCUAUGUAGCAGCAUCAUCAUCACAUUUCCUUUUUUGUAUUAUACAAUAAAUUUGAUUAUAAAACUCUCAAUGAA